GUCAUACAUACAUGCCGUACGGUACGGUAUAUAACUGUAUACGCACACCCAAUCCCGGGCACACAACGCAACAACACGCAUAGACGAGGGUGGCCGCGGCUGGAUCGAUGGGCAGUCACGGGCCUGGCACGUCCAUGUCGAUGUCCAUGGCGACGGCGGCGGCGGAGGAGGAGGAGGAGGACAGGACGCGGCUGUGCGACCUCCCGGAGGCGUGCGUGGCGCACGUGCUGGCGCUCACCUCCCCGCGGGACGCGUGCCGCUGCGCCGCCGUGUCGCCCUGCUUCCGCGACGCCGCCGAGUCGGACGCCGUCUGGGCGCGCUUCCUCCCGCCGGACUACCGCGCCAUCCUCCAGCUGCACCAGGCGCCGGCGCCGGCGCGGAGCUUCCCCCUCUCGCGCUCCGGCUCCACGGCGGGGGCGGGGGCGGCGUCGAGCAAGAAGGAGACGUACCUCGGGCUCAGCGACGUGGCCGCGCUGGUGGACGGCGGCGGCGGCGGCAUGGCGGUGUGGCUGGCCAGGGGGAGCGGGGCCAAGUGCGUGGCGCUGUCGGCGAGGAGGCUCAGCCUGCCGUGGGAGGACGGCGAGUUCAGCUGGAGGUGGACGCCCCACCCGCUCUCCAGGUUCGCGGACGUGGCCCAGCUGGUGGACUGCACAUGCCUGGACAUCUACGGCCGGCUCCCCACGGCGGAGCUGACGCCGGCCACCGCCUACGCGGCGUACCUCGUCUUCGCCACCACGGACGCCCACCGCGGCCUGAGCUUCCCGGACCAGGAGACGACGGUCAGCGUCGGCCGCAGUGCCCCGUGCCGCCAAACGGUGUGCCUCCGCCCCGACACCGCCGAGGCACGUAGGUUCAGGGGCGGGAAUGUCGAGGCGAGGGGGCCGGCGCAGCGCGGCGACGGGUGGUGGGAGGUGGAGAUGGGGCGGCUGCGCACCGGCGACGGGGCAGCGGUGGUCGGGGAGGAGGUGGCGGUGAGCUUCGAGAUGCUGGGGUGGUACCCCAAGCGCGGGCUCGUCGUGGAAGGCGUCGAGUUCAGGCCCCUGUGAUGGAUCGAUACCGGAGACCUCGAGUUACUACGGACGUACGCGCACAUUGCUUGUACGAUGAAUAUCGGUUCAUCCAGUCGGUGAGGUGGUAUGUAAUCGUGCGUGUGUAGGUUGUGAAUAGUAAUUUGGACAACUUUUUAUUUCGAGUUUCUUAAUUAGUGAUGACAGGGACUGAUUCUUCUGCCUUUUCUUUUUUUGCAUUGCAUGAGAGGUGUUUAUAUAGAAACAUGGUACACAUGCAUAUGCUCCUAUGCACGUAUAUGGACUCAAUCAUAUGUUUGCAUUCAUGUACACUCUAUUUCUAUGAGCACCUAUAAGAGGCUCGGCCAGCUGGUUUUUAGAUUGACGAA